GAGCUUCAACCAAGCCCACAGCCUCCGAGCAAGUGAGUGUGGAGCAGGGGAUGGAUCCGAACGCUGGCUUGCUUCCUGCGCCAUCCCGGGCCUGUCCCCAGCCAGCAGAACCCAGUAUGGAAGGGAGGAGAAGCCCAUCGCCCCGUGUGCAGGGCAGAGGCGCCUCCUUUCCCUGGAACCAGGUCUCCAAUCCCAGCCUCACGGACCCGGACUGGUUUUGGGAUGAGCACAUCCAGGCAAAGAGGGCCCGCGUGGAGACCAUCAUCCGAGGCAUGUGCCUCUCCCCUAACCCUCUGGUGCUCGGCGGUGCCCGAGCCAGGGACGGCCCCAGCUGCCCAGAGAAGGCCCGGGAGCGGAAGAGGAAGCAGGACCUUCCCAUGCAGCAACCCCCCCUGAAACCAGGCCCUGCCGGGAGCCAGGGCAGCAGGAAAAGGGGCCCUCGCGUGAGAGAACAGCUUCGCCUGCUGAAGCAACAGCUGAGACGACUGCAGGAGCACAUCCUGCAGGCCGAGCCCCGGGACCCUGCGCCUGGCCCCGGGAGUGCCCAGCGGAGGGAUGGCUGUGGGCGGCCCGGGGCCAUGGACAGUGGCCGCCACCAGGGUUCCAGUGGGGACCUCCCUGGGGUGGAAGAACACAGAGUGGCUGAGGUCGAUCACCAGCCAGAGGAAGUCAGGUUCCUUCCUUCUGGGACACGCGCUUUGCUGGAGAUCCUGAGGAAGGAACUGACGGGGGCAGUGUCCCAGGCCGUGGACUCAGUGUUGCAAAAGGUACUGCUGGACCCGCCAGGCCAUCUGACUCAGCUGGGCCGAAGCUCCCAGGGGCUGGUGCCAGGGGGCAGAAGCGAGACUUCACCUGAGGGAGGUGCCUGUGAAAACCCCCUCCCGCUGGCCGCCUUGCCCAGGGGGACCCAGGCCCAGGCCCAGGCCCAGGCUGGGUGCCCACUGGGAAACUCAUCACUGGCCAAGCCUCUAGACUCUCCUAGAUUCCCUGUCUCCCCAAGAAUGACCUCCAAACCCUGCCAAGGCCCCCCAGCAAACUGUGCCGUGACCGUGCCUUCCCGCAUGCAGGAAAGUCAGAUUCUUGGUCAGCUCCUGGGUCAUGGACCCCCUAGUCACUGGAGCGGCCGUCUCCCCCAGGGCACAUCUUCCCAAAGUCACUCCUCCCCGGAGUCUGGCCUGCGACCUUGGGGAGCUGUCAGACUGCGACCUUCGGUGUUGAGCCAGCAGCACCCCGUGCCCUUGGCUCCCACCUGUCUGGAGAAGCUGCCCUUUCUUCCCCCCAUGAAGAUGGAGCAGGGGGGCCUGCAGGCUGCCGCCGAGGUGCUCCCGUUCCCUUCAGUCCACAUCCAGGAGGGUCUAAAUCCUGGUCACUUGAAGAAGGCCAAACUAAUGUUUUUCUUCACACGCUACCCCAGCUCCAGCCUCCUGAAGGUGUAUUUCCCCGACGUCCAGUUCAACCGCUGCAUCACCUCCCAGAUGAUCAAGUGGUUCAGCAACUUCCGAGAGUUCUAUUACAUCCAAAUGGAGAAAUCUGCCCGGCAGGCAAUUUCAGAUGGCGUCACAAAUCCCAAAAUGCUCGUGAUUCUCCGCGACUCAGAGCUUUUUCGAGCUCUCAAUAUGCACUAUAACAAGGGAAAUGACUUUGAGGUCCCGGAUUGCUUCUUGGAAGUCGCCAGCUUGACGCUACAGGAGUUCUUCAGGGCUGUCUCCGCAGGCAAAGACUCAGAUCCUUCCUGGAAGAAACCCAUUUAUAAAAUUAUUUCCAAGCUGGACAGUGACAUCCCAGAGAUAUUCAAAUCUCCCAGCUAUCCCCAGGAGCUGCUUCGGAACGAAGAUCCCACAGAGCGAGGAGCAGCUGGCCAGGGUUUCCUGGGUUUGUCUUAAAUGGCCGCUGUGGUGAUAUAAAAGGGACAUAAGUGCAGUCCUCCUCCCGCCCCCUCCCCCAACAAGAACUACUACCAUUUCUGAUCAUUUUUUUCCUUUUCCCGAAUCACUUAACUAUAAUAUAGACCAAGUGUAAUGGUGUGUUGGUAGCAUAUUGUAAAAGGAACACAACGGUGUUUUGGAAUCAGAGGACUUAAAUCCCCAAUCUACUAUUUCCAAGUAUUGUGACCCUGGGACCUUGCAGGUAAUCUCUGCAUCUGUAAAUAAAUACUCUGUGAAUACUCACUACACGUUAGUGUUUUCCCCCGUGGCUUUCACAUAAGGUUAACUUAGUUGGUUUGUCUGUUAUUGUUUUUUACAAAUUGCUGGUUUUAGUUACCUAUUGGUCAAGCUCCACCUAGUUGCGAGACACUUGAAAAUACAUUAUCUUAAGCUUUUUACACCGAAAAGGAGAUAUUGUCUUCAUUUUUUUAAAAAAGUAACCAAGCAGACUUUUUAGAAGUGACAUAACUCGCCAACGUACAAGGCUAGGGCGUUUGGGUUGGUAGGGAUAGUCAGACGUGUGGAGGAACCCAAGACCUUCGGGUGCCAGAUUGUCUCCUGAGCACCUCACGCUGCCCGUCAUGAUCUUCAGCAGGCCACCUCCAGGGAGCACCCGCACGGAGGGGGCACUGCCGCCCGACAAGCCCUGCCCACACUUAGGAGUGCUUCCCCACCCAGAAUGUCCUCCGAUCAUUCCAGGAAGCCCAACACAAACUUUCUGCUGGACUUGAGUGUUGCUGUUUGGUCACAUUUGCCUGCUGAAGGGUUUAUCCACUGGACAAUCCAAGUUGUCUGUAGUUGACCAAUUGAUGCCCUCACCUCCUAUGUGCAGAAGCUGCACUUCAGAAUGCAAA